AUGGCUUCUCCCCAGCCUCCUAAAUUGGAGGAAAUCGACACCAAGUCGAUCAUCUCGAUGCAAGAACUAGAUCCCUCGCCCGUGGAAGAUCCUGUACAAGGCGAAUACUUCCCCGAGCCUCCUUCAAAUGGUGGUUAUUCACAGCUUGGCCUCAGCGGCCAUCGAUGGGACAAAUGGUUAACCCGCAUACAAAAAUACUCAACCUACCCACCGACAGUCUUCACCAUCUUGCAUUUCACCAAUACCUCACUGAUCCCACUGGUCACUCGCUCCGUGCCCUCAAGCGAGUCCUACCUACUGCUCACACGUCCUAUCUACCAAGCCCCAGGGUUGGAACACCUCGUCCUCACCCUCCCGGUACUAGCCCACAUCAUCUCCGGCGUGGCUCUGCGCAAUAUCCGCGGAGCACGUCGCGCCAAAAUGUACGGCGCUGAGACUCGCGCUCAACGGAAUACGCUCUACUUCUGGCCGCGUGUGUCCCUGCAAGCUCGCUCGGGAUACUUCGUCGUACCUCUGAUUGGUCUCCAUGUACUCGUCAACCGAGCUACGCCCUUAGCCGUGGAUGGCGGUAGUUCAGGGGUGGGGCUAGCGUAUGUUGCGCAUGGCAUUGCCCGAAGUCCCAUAUUCUGGAACGCAUUUUACUUUUUCUUUGUGACUGCGAGCGUGUGGCAUUUUGUGGGUGGAUGGGCAACUUGGAUGGGAUGGCGAGUCACUACGGUGCGCAAAGAACGAGGGCAGAAGCCCUCUUUGGAUGGCUUGCUUGGGUUUGCGGACAGCACCACCCGAUCUAAGAGACAGCGCAAGAUGUGGUGGGUGGUGAAUGGUGUUGCAGCUGCUGGAGCUGCUUUCUGGUUGGCGGGUGCUCUGGGCAUUGUUGGGCGUGCUGGCGAGGGUGCUGGUUGGGAAGCCAAGGGCUGGAAUGAGAUGUAUAGCCAAGUGCCCAUCAUUGGAGAUUGGUUGUGA